AUGGUUAAGCGUGCAGGUGGCCUGAGAGUAAUCAGCUUGGACACCAACUUACUAUGUGAGGCAAAAUGUUUAACUGGCAUGAGCGCUCACAAACUUGUAGGGUACAGGCCAAACUACUUCAAUUACAUCAACUCUUCCGAACCAGAUGUUUCUGUAAUACUAAGGUUCCUCACUGAUGAACUUCUGGACGCGGAAGACGCGGGAGACCGAGUCUGGAUCAUUGGCCACGUCGUCAGUAGUUGGGAUGGUUCGAAUCCGCUGCUGAACCCAGCCAAUCUCUCGUCUGCGCUAGUUUACCAAAUCUGGAAGAGUUACGUCGACGAUUAUCCUGCGCUGUGUUCGCAGACUCAAUUCGGCCCUACUUUCGAGUUCGAGUAUAGCACUCGUGAGGCAUAUGGAGGAAACAUCACCUGGGGAGCAGCUGACCCACUGAACGUGGCCUGGUGGCAUCUUGUAACUGAGCGGAUAGAAGUAGACCCGACUUUGAUGGAGGCCUUCAAUUCAUACCAAGGAAAGGGCUCGAUACUCACUCCGCCAUGCACGGGCGAAUGCAUAUUGAUGCCUGAAAUCUCAUGGCGAAAGCAAGUAAAAGUAGUACUAAUGAUACUGGUAGUAUUAGCUUGGGUCACCAUCUUUGCGAAUUCGACCCACAAAUAUGUUGUGCUGGAAGGUCCCCCACCACACCAGCAAUAUCCUCGUUCGGACAGAGAAGUUGAUGCGUACUGGAUGAGCGGAACCAUCUUGUUCUUCCCGUACCAGCACCCUUCGGAAAGGGUCGUUCAUGGAAUGAUGGUUGCUGACUUCCCUCGUCUGGAAGAUCUGUGUGACUCUGAGCGCUAUGUUCUUGACCAUACUAUUAGUACGAACGUUGACUAA